GCGAGGCUACCCUCGCCCAAUCGGCGGCUUCCUCUGCUCCCAGCGCUGCGUUUCGCGGGGCGCGGCGGAGCGGCGGACGCGGGCCGGGCGGCUCGGGUGGCGGCGAGCGUGGUGGCCGAGGCAGCGCGAGAUCUCCCCGCGGAGGGUGCCGAGCGCGCAGGCGAGCGGGGCGGAAGAAUCAUUUUAAAAAAUGAAUGUCGGAGUUGCCCACAGUGAAGUCAAUCCCAACACAAGAGUAAUGAACAGCAGAGGGAUGUGGCUCACGUAUGCUCUUGGAGUUGGCUUGCUUCAUAUUGUUUUGCUCAGCAUUCCUUUCUUCAGUGUUCCAGUUGCCUGGACCUUAACCAACAUUAUUCACAAUUUGGGAAUGUAUGUGUUCUUGCAUGCAGUGAAAGGAACACCUUUCGAAACACCUGACCAAGGUAAAGCAAGGCUUCUGACUCACUGGGAGCAACUGGACUAUGGUGUGCAGUUUACUUCAUCACGGAAGUUCUUCACAAUCUCUCCAAUAAUUUUAUAUUUCCUUGCAAGUUUCUAUACAAAAUAUGAUCCGACACAUUUCAUCUUAAACACAGCUUCUCUCUUGAGUGUGCUUAUUCCCAAGUUGCCACAACUGCACGGUGUCCGAAUCUUUGGAAUCAACAAGUAUUAAGCAAGAGAUAAGAGAUAGGAGUACUCUGACCAAGACGUGGCAUGACUGUUUGUUUUUCCUGGGCAGAAGGAAUAGCUUCUCAAUGCUAUUUGUCUAGUAAGCAUCCGUGAGACUUUCUCUUCCUAAGAUGUAAAUGUUCUUUCAGAGCUGUGUGGGAGAGAAUUUGAAUGAUAUAUCUUCAGAUAACAGAUUUUCUAGAAAGAGCUGGGCAGGCCCAGCUUUAUUAUAUUAGCAGCAUUGACAGGAUAUACUGAGGUAACAGACGCAUUGGAAAAAGGAGUAUGAAUAAUUUAAUUGAAACAUGGACAUAAAUAUGACUGUUAUGGUAAUGUAAAGUGCAUUAGAAGUGGGGGGGGACCCCAAGUUUCUAGUAAACAGAUUGGUAUGAUUGAAAUGCUGUAAAGUUGUCUGUUACUGCUUUUGGAUGGUGCUUUUAUUUUUGCUAUUUCUGGAUCCAGGAUUUCCUGUCCAGCUGCAGGUGUUGCUAGGUUAACAUUAAACCAGCAAGUCGCUGUGUCUUGAUUCAUAAUGGAUUUCACACCUUAUCUAUUCAUGUGACCUUUAAUCACAAUGACUUCUCCAGUUUCAGAUGUCAAAAGCUCAGGGGAAUGAUCAUCAACUUUUUUAUACAUUUAAACUGAUCUGCAUUUUCCUUGUUUUCCAAACAAAGCAGUUUAUUCAAAAAGCUUCAUUCAAGUAUAUCUGAAAAUUAUAAACCUGUUUUCAUUGCAGAACUGGGCUGCUUUCCAUAUUGACUGGGUUGUCCUUUGAUAGUUGGGUUCAUGAGGAAACCGAAACGGAGGCAAAUCUACGACUAGAUGGUUCAUUAAACAAGAGCCUUACUUUUUUUCUCUUAGUAGAAAUAUUGUCUCACAUGAUGCUCAAACACCAUGCAGAGCAUAAUACAUUGUCAUUUUAUCAAAUGUCUGCACUUAAGGUUAAGAAAUUUAGGGUGCAAUCCUAUGUAUGUUUAGGCAGAAUGAGGUCCUGCAGCCCCCAACCACAGAGGACAAUGGAAGUUGUGGAAGGGCUUGUUUUCUGUCUGAAGCCAUAUGGGCUUGCACCCUUAGUAGUUUUUCCCCUUGUGCUUUAUAUCUGAAGAUACUGAGCAUUUCAGAAGGUAGUUAGGAAUUUAAUCCUUGGUAUGUUUCAGUAAAAAAUGUUCUGCACCUCCAGCCAGCUGAGAGUUGUAGGACUCCUUUCCAUCUAAAUGGGCAUGGGACUGCACCCUGUGCUAGCCUAGCUGACGAGUUUGCUUGGCAGAGGAGCGUAAUCUUCCAUUAACUGAAGAAUAUUUUAUCUUAAGAGCUUUGUGGUUCUAGUUUCACUUUUGGGUACUAUAAUUACAGCUUGGGGUCAGUAUGCAGACUCCAGAGAGCAAGGGAUGCGGCAAGUAUUUCUUGGAGAUGAUCUCUUGUAUGAAUCCACAGAUAUAUAUGUAUCGAAUUUAAUCAGGACCGCCUGUGAUUUACUGAUAACAAGAGGACUGUUACUGUAAUUCAGACUGCUGACAUUGAACUUUGUCUUCAAGCUGGUAGCAUUUAGGCCCUCAAAAUAAGAAUUGACUAUUUUCAAGAUACUAGAUUUUGUCCUGUUCUUGCUCUCUGAAAAAUGUCCCUUUUGAUCAACAGCAACUUUUUAAAUAAAUUGAACGACUUUGAAAA